UCUCUCGGGAUCGUGUGUCGCGACUCCCACCAGUGAGUCAGUGACCGGGAUGGCGCGCUGUGCACCACAAAACGCGGGACCCAAUAUCCCUUCCACCCAAUAAAAUCUCUUUCUCCAAUAUCCAGAAACAAAACAAACCGUUGAAACUUAAAAAUCCAGAUCAAAAUAACGAGAUUUUCUUGAAAAUUUUCCUAUUUCGUCUUUAGUUUUCACCGCCUUCCCAAGUUCCUAUUCCCAACAAGCCUCUGCAACAACGCUGCUCUACUCUCAACUACAAAUCUCCCCAUCUCAAGAAUUCAUAUCAAUACAUGCAUGUCUUUCAGUGCUUCAGAAACCAGAUUAAUGGCAUUCAAGUCAUGUAAGGAUUUUUAAUCCUUUUACAUAUUGGUGUUCAGUUCCAUCGAAGGAAUUCAAAGAUGAAGCCUAGGUUUUAGCUAACCCAAGUAAAGAAAUUCCAGAUAAGUGUUCCAGGAGACCUCCCAGGAAAACAAAAACUAUUUCAUUCAGGUUUGAAGUAACUUUUGUAUAACCUGACAGUUGAAUGACAUGGAUCAAGCCCAGAAAGCUUCAUAGAGUGUGAUGGUAAUUCAUACACUAAGAAGCUCUUCAAUGGCUACAGCUGCAGUUAUUGGGCUUAAUGCAGGGAAGAGACUUUUGAGUUCGACUUUCUAUUAUUCUGAUGUCACAGACAGACUUGCCUCUGUCUAUGAUCAUGGAUUAGCACAAUAUCAGACAGCUCCGUCCAAGAGUGUGGUUAUUGCAAAGAAGUCAUCCAAUUUUGACCAUGAUUUUGCAUCAAACAGACACAACCAGUCUAUUAAGGCUCUUAAAGAACAUUUAAAUACUUUCUCCACUUCAACAGAAGAUAUGUGGCUUCAGACAUCUGAUCAUUUAGAGGAAGGGAACUCUGAUCUUGAUUAUUCUUUAGAGGCUCUCCUCUUGUUGCAAAAGUCUUUACUGGAGAAGCAGUGGAACCUUUCUUUCGAGAAAUCUAUGAGAAAAGGUGCACCAAAAGAAGAAACACGGAAGAAGAUACAGGUCACUCGCUCAGGUGUUUCUGCUCGACAACGGAGAACAAAUACAAGGAAGAAAUAUCUGAACACAGAUUCUUCUAUGAUGCAAACAACCAGAAGGAGGCAUCUUGGCUCCAUGGUCAGUGAAGAGCUUCUGCAGAGUCGCUUAAAGGGCUAUGUGAAGGGUGUCAUAAGUGAAGAAUUGCUGACCCACAGUGAAGUUGUACAAUUAUCAAAGAAAAUCAAAGUGGGUAUUUCUUUAGAGGAACACAAAAUGAGAUUAAAGGAACGAUUAGGAUGUGAGCCUUCUGAUGAGCAACUUGCUACAUCCUUGAGGAUAUCACGUGCUGAAUUACAAAUGAAAAUGAUCGAAUGUUCUUUGGCAAGGGAGAAGAUAGCAAUGAGUAAUGUUCGUUUAGUCAUGUCUAUUGCUCAUAAGUAUGAUAACAUGGGGGCUGAAAUGGCUGACCUUGUACAAGGUGGUUUGAUUGGGUUACUCCGUGGGAUUGAGAAAUUUGAUUCUUCCAAGGGCUGCAAAAUCUCAACUUAUGUUUAUUGGUGGAUACGUCAGGGUGUCUCAAGAGCAUUGGUUGAGAAUUCCAGAACCCUAAGAUUGCCCUCACAUAUGCAUGAAAGGUUAAGCUUAAUUCGGAAUGCAAAAAUCAGGUUGGAAGAAAAAGGGAUAACUCCUUCAAUAGAUAGAAUUGCAGAAUGCUUGAAUAUAUCCCAGAAGAAAGUUAGGAAUGCCACAGAGGCAGUCAAUAAGGUCAUUUCACUUGACAGAGAGGCCUUUCCUUCUCUAAAUGGCCUUCCAGGGGAAACUCUUCAUAGUUAUAUUGCUGAUAAUCGUAUUGAGAACAACCCAUGGCAUGGAGUGGAUGAAUGGUCACUUAAGGAUGAAGUUAACAAUCUCCUCAAUACAACACUUAGGGAACGGGAGAGAGAUAUAAUACGUCUUUAUUAUGGUUUGGAUGAAGAAUGCCUCACAUGGGAGGACAUAAGUAGACGGAUUGGGUUAUCAAGAGAACGAGUUCGGCAGGUUGGGCUUGUUGCCUUGGAGAAACUGAAACAUGCGGCAAGAAAAAAAAGGUUGGAUGCCAUGUUGGUGAAACAUUGAGUUGGUAAAUAUCACUAUAGACAUUACUAAAUGACUUUCUACGUGUAUAUAAAAAUUUUAUCUUCAAAAUAUUUUUAUCAUCCACAGUACAUAAAAAUAGAGGAAAACGUGAGGGUAGACAGAGAUUAAGACUUGAAAAUUCCUGAAAUAUGAGAUGAAAUACACUGAUUAAGAACUUUGUAACAUGGAAUAAAAAAAUUCUAUAUAUGUACCAUAGAAGGAAAAG